AUGUGGUGCAGAACUCUCAUCUUGCUGGCUGGAGCUGUGUUCAUCUACCAUCAGGUCUAUGCAGCAGACACUUACGUUGCUGAGCUCAUGAUCGAGAGUAAUGUCACCCUGGACUCCAACACCAUUUUGUCAGCUCUGAAUUUCCCCAAUCUCACAGUGCCAACUAACAGCGGAAAUUUUCAACUGAACAUCUCACAGGCUAAAUUCAUUGCAGAGUGUAUGCUUGUUGAAGACAACACGAGUUGCAACUGUGCUGAAGGGUACAUUUGGAGCAACCAAGUGUGUUACAAUACCAAAACCUGUUGCAAUGAGUCUUCUUGCUAUGCCAACGUGUCCCACUUCACCCCCCUCUGCAUUGCCAAGGUCAAAGUUCACAUCAACGGAUCUAUUGCAAUGCAAAGCAGCACAUGGACCAACAGCCACAAGAUUCAGCUUAUUGACGCUAUGAAAAGACUGAACGGUUUUGACGGUCUAAAUGUUACUGGAUUGAGGGAUGGCGAUGUCAUCGCUGACUUUGAGGCAGAUGUCAGUGUCAAAUUUGAGACUUCACGACUUCAAAACGAAUUUAAAAACCUGGAGGCAAAUAUUGAUGCUUUAAUUCAGGCAGACACCUUAGGAAUGGUCAACAUCGAGUCUCCAGAUACUACGGUGUGCUAUUUGUCAGAACCUUCACUGAAAUGCACUUUUAAUGAAGAGUCAGAAAGCGCUGGCUGGAACAUGAGCAUGAAAAAUGAGCGCUUUGAACUGAACAGCGGCAGUUUGGUGAGCCUGGACAAAAACUGUGCUACCAAGGAAUUCAAGUCUUGUGUUGGGGUCACACUUAAAAAUGUGACCAACAACUGGGCAGGUGCAUAUGAGUGUGGUUUUACCAUUGGCUCAAUAAGACACAGGGCUACGACGGUGCUGGAUGUGGCUGCCCUGCCUGAUGAGAUUACAGUGAUCACUGAUCCUUUGACAGUGGACUGUUCCAAAAAGACCGCAAACGAGAUUGUUAAAGUGAAAGUCACCGCCAUCAUCCCGAAUGCCACAAAGAGGUUUGAUGUCACUUGGUCCUACCGAGGCAUAGACCAAAAGGAGGAGCUACAGCCAGAAUCAUCUGAAGAUCGGCUUUACUACAAGGUUGACAUAAGCAUCAACUGCAUGUAUACCCCUGAUGCACAAUAUGUCAACUUCAAUUUUAAGAACCAGAAGAAUCAACAAAAAAGUGGAAGAGUGGAUAUCCCAGUGCUCUAUGCUGGCCAAAAAUAUUGUAUGGAGAGGCAUGACAGUGCGUUUUGGCCAAAAACCCCAAGUGGAGCUACAGUGAUUAAUCGGACAUGUGAAUCAGGCAGAGUUGGUUAUAAAGAACGGACGUGUGAAAGCACUGAAUGGCAGAGGGUGUUCCCCUAUCAUGUUAACAAAGAGCUUAUCAAAGUUUUGAAUGCAGCACGUAAAUUCGAGCAGGGGCUUGGGGCUACCCAGGAGGUGGCUUUGGAAAUAUUUGCACGUCUGAAGAACAACAUGAACACCAGUGACAAUGAUGGUAGUGAUAACAGCAUGGCCGAUCUGAUUGCGUCUAUCAAUAUUCUCAGUACCAUGGCCAGCGCAUCAUCAAUCAUCCCCUUGCAAGAAGAAGUCUUUCCUAAUUUCAUUAAUGCUGCAAGCACAAUGCUGAGUCAAUCAUGGGGUGGGGUCAACAGAAGCAUUGAAGAAAACAUGGCAUCGAAUUACCUGAAGUCCGUGGAAGAUCUAGUGAAGAACAUCAAUAUGAACAACAACAAUGGAUUCUGCUCUCAGAAUCUUGACCUCACAUUCUGCAGGGCUCAAAAUGGCUCCCACUGUAAGCCCAGUGUGUUUGGCGUCAACAUCACCCUGAAUGGGACAUCUGGGAUCAUCAAAACCAUAGGCAUAAAAAAUCUGGGGAGGAAACUGAAAAACAAUCAUCCCGAUAAAAGAGUCUCCAGCCUGUUAGUAUCAACCACAGUGACCAACCACAGAAGUUCAUUGUUGGACAUCACCCUGGACUUUCCCUGUGAGCUUCAGGAACAUGAAGAAGCUCUCUGUGUUUUCUGGAACACCAGCAUGGAUGAAUGGUCGACUGAAGGUUGUCAGCUGACAACUGGCGAUAAUGAUCGCACCAUUUGCCGAUGCAACCAUCUGACCGCCUUCUCUGUCCUCAUGUCCAAAAAAGAAGUCAACUUGCCAUUCCUGGAUGAAAUCACAUACGUGGGCCUCGGCAUGUCUAUCUGCUCCCUGCUGGUCCUCAUCAUCAUCGAGGCUCUGGUGUGGUCCGCCGUCGUCAAAAGCAACCUCUCGUACUUCCGCCACACAGCUCUGGUCAACAUCUCCAUCUGUCUCCUCUUAGGGCACUGCAGUUUACUGGCCUCCUCUCACAAGCUCCUCAGUGACACCUGUUGCCUUUUCCUGACCGUGUGCAAGCAUUUCUUUUUCCUGGCCAUGUUCUGCUGGAUGCUGUGCCUGAGCAUCCUGCUUGUUCACCAGCUCAUCUUCGUUUUCAGCCCACUGAGGAAGAGGAUCUUUAUGUUCUUCUCAAGCAUCAUAGGCUAUGUCUUGCCCAUCAUCAUUGUGGGGGCCACCUAUAUGUAUUACAAAUACACCGGUGAGCCUUACCACAAUAAGAAAGAGUGCUGGCUCACCUAUGAACGGUUGUUGAAGGGCUCCAUCCACAGUUUCAUCCUCCCCGUUGGAACUGCCAUUCUUAUAAACCUCUUCUGCAUGGGUAUGGUCAUUGUUACCCUGGUUAAGUCCUCUCUUCCUGACAGCACCAAGGCAGAUGACAAGGAGACGGCAAAAAGUAUUCUCAAGGCCAUUGUCUUCCUAACGCCGGUCUUUGGAGUUACCUGGAUCCUUGGCUUCUUUCUGUUUAUGGAUAUUAAAGAUCCGCUCUCGACUAUUAUUCAUUACACUUUCACCAUCCUCAACUCCUUCCAGGGCCUCUUCAUUUUGAUAACAGCAUGUUUUGCAGAGAAAAAGGUCCGAGAUGAACUGUUAAAGCUCAUAAAGGCUAAGGGUCCAUCAAAAGUAAAAAAGUGA